UCCCUCCCCUCUCCCUCUGAGGAGAUCUCGCGAGAGCCCGGGCCCUCCCUUCCCCCUUUCCGGAGGCAGCCAGCAUGCCGUCCCGCCUCAGGAAGACGCGGAAGCUGCGCGGGCACGUCAGCCACGGCCACGGCCGCGUGGGCAAGCACCGCAAGCACCCCGGCGGCCGCGGCAACGCGGGCGGCAUGCAUCACCACCGCAUCAACUUCGACAAAUAUCACCCUGGUUAUUUUGGAAAAGUUGGUAUGAGGCAUUACCACUUGAAGAAGAACCAGAACUUCUGUCCCACCGUUAAUCUGGAUAAAUUGUGGACACUUGUUAGUGAACAGACCAGACUCAAUUAUGCAAAAAACCAGGCUGGAUUAGCUCCUGUCAUAGACGUUGUACGCUCGGGUUAUUACAAAGUCCUGGGCAAGGGGAAGCUGCCCAAACAGCCUGUAAUUGUGAAAGCAAAAUUCUUCAGCAGGAGAGCAGAGGAGAAGAUCAAAGAAGCAGGUGGAGCUUGUGUGCUAGUGGCAUAGAAGGCUUUUUGUAUUCAAGUUUGAAUAAAGAGACUACAACAAA